AUGACGGCUUCGUUGAUGAGGGUGUUAAUGCAGGAUUCGUUUUCUAUUCUUCUUUUAAUGAACACAGAUGCGAUGUUGAUGCGCUCUAGUGCACGGCUGCCGCAGCAAGGGGCCCGCCCCUCUUUUAUUGGUAUAAGGGAGCAGUUGCUGCAGCUGCAGCAGCAGCAACAACAACAGCAGCAGCAGCAGCUGCAGCAGCAGCAAAAAAAACUGCAGCAGCAGCAGCAGCAAAAACAGCAGCAGCAGCAGCACUUUCAUACAGAGCCUCUCUUAACACAAUUAGCAAAAAAAAGAAAUGCAAUGUAUGGAGAAGACUUCUAUGUCUAUAAUAAAUGGUCUAAUAUACCUAAAAAUAGUCAUCAAUUAGGUUAUAGAUGGUUAUUAAAUACUCAGCAACCUCUUGCAUCUAUACAGCAUCUAAAUACCAAUAUUGCUUCCUUAGAACAAAAAGUUGCAUCAUAUAAUCGGUUAGUACAAGAUGCAGAGAAUUCAUUAAAAGAAAAAGGAUUAUCUUUUCCCCUCAAUGCUGCUGAUGGUGUUGUUGACGUUGAAUAUCAUUCGUCAGAAACACAAGACUUGACAAACCCUCAGACCUUCAACUGCAAAG